CUCGAUCUCUCAUCAUCAACCCAAUCAUCACCAAACUGUCAACAAUCAAAACUAAUAACUGAAUCAAGUGAAUCAAUUUCAAUCAAUUUACCUUUAAACAAUCAUCAUCAUCUUCAUCAUCACCUUCAUCAACCAAUUAACGUUAAUCAACUUAAUCAACUUAAUCACCAUCAUCAUAAUCAAUAUGUUACAUCUUCUUGUCCAUUAUCCAAUUUACAACAAUCAACAGAAUCAAUCAAUUCAUCAUUUAAUUUAGUUAAUAAUCAUUACCAUCAAUCACUUGUUCAUCCUCGUCUCUUUUCAUCAUCAUCCCAAUCAUCCUCAUCAUCACCAACAACACCUAAUGGACUUUUAAUUGACCGAAACGAGUCAACAAUAACAACCUCAUCAUCAACAAUCAGUUCACAAUUAAUUAAUCAAACUAAAUUGUGCAAAGGAAAACGAUCAAAGCCAAAACGUUUCCGUUGUCCUCAUUGUCAAAUUGCCUUUUCCAAUAACGGACAAUUAAAGGGCCACAUCAGGACCCAUACAGGUGAGAGGCCAUUUAUCUGUGAUAAUCCUAAUUGUGGUAAAACUUUUACUCGAAAUGAAGAGUUGACUCGACAUCGACGGAUCCACACCGGGAUUAGGCCAUUUUCUUGUCCCGUUUGCUCAAAGCGAUUCGGACGUAAGGAUCACCUUAAGAAACACCAACGAACUCAUGAUAAGCGCCUUGGAAUACAAUCAAUUAACAAUCAGACAGCAACAACAAUUAACAUUAACCAAACCUCAUUAGCUAAUCACUUUCUUCCUCAAUAUACUUCCUAUUUAACUCUUUAAGAAACAGCCAACAAUUAAAACUAAUUGUUUCACUUUGGUUGUUAUUGUCAAGAAAAAUCCUUCACCAUAGAUUAACAAUUAACUUAAAUUAUUUUUCCACAAUUAACCAACUUUAACCAUUUGCUCAAUCAUUGACAAUCAGUUGAUUGUUUAUAAGUAUCCGGUUGCUUGUAAUCACAAUUAAUAACUUAAAUUGUUACAAUUGAAUAAUAACAAUCGAUUUACUAAAUUAAAAGAAGAAGAAAAAAGUUAGAACUUUUCGAAUUUAAUUUUUUCGAAA